AUGUCUUAAUCAUUACCUAGUAUAAAGCAAUCUGAUAGAGCAUAAAUAAUGUAUGUUUAGCCACUCUUAGAAACACUUUAAGAAAAUUAAUUUACAACACGCACUUAUAAUUUUCCAAAACCUUUUGAAAAUAAACCAAAAGUAGCUCUGAGUGUUUUAAGCUAUUACAGUGACAUAGAGAAUUAACAAUAAUAUAUACUAUCUGUUGAAACUGUUACAUUAACUUCAGUUACAGUUAAAAUUUAGUCAGUAGGGACUACAUUCUAUGAAUUAAAUAUUGGGAUUCUUGCCGUUGACUAUCCAUAAGCUGAUGUUAUUACAAAAACUCUUAGUUCGGGUGUAGGAGGAUAACUUACUUAAUAACAUAAAGUUUCUAAUAAAAUACUAUCAUAUGUAACAUUUUUUACUUCAUUUUAUGGAAGUGAAUGUGUCUAUCUAAAAUUUAAAUUAGAUUCGCAAUAGUUAGAUGAUUAUACUAUAAAAGUAUCUGCGAAUUAAAUAAGCUCUCAAACUCUUGUAUCAACAAAUCUUAAAUCUCCAGAUACUGGAUUUUAUGGAAUAAAAGACAUGAGUAUAGGUUCUUUGUUUAGUUUUGGAAUCUUUUUUUAUCCUUCAAAUUAAAAUUAACCUAUUUAAAAUGGAAAAUAUAAUUUUUAUACUGACAAAAAGAGAUAUUUUGUUUAUCAGGCGUACUCACAAGUAUUUGAUUUAUUAUAGCUAGAAUGUCCUACUGGCUAAUAUUUAUAUAAAUAAAGUUGUAUAAUAUCUCCUUAUAAUGGUAUUUAUUGUUUAGAUAAUACUAAAUUAUGUUUUGACUGUGAUUCUAGUUGUUUAACUUGCCAAGAUUCAGCUACUAAUUGUCUAAAAUGUGUCUCUCCUUUAUAUUUCUAUUAAAACAAAUGCACAAGUAGCAUCCAAUAAGGUACUUACUGUAAUGAAAAUCAUAUUUGCUUUGCUUGUAAUCAAUCUUGCAGUACUUGUAUCAAUGAUACCCCUCUUAAUAGUACUAACAAUGCUUUUCUUGUGAUAUGA